AUGGGUGACAACGAGGCCCUGGUUAGGAGAGUCGUCGCAGACUACGCCAGGCCGAACGCGGCCAAUGCUCGAUCCAGCAUUACCCGACCCGCUAUCGGAGUUAAUCGCUGGCAGAUUCCACCCCAGAUCAUCACGAUGGUUAAGAACACCAUCCAGUUCCAUGGAUUACCUUAUGAGGACCCGAAUGUCCAUAUUUCUCUCUUUUCAGCUAUCUGCGAUACGUUCCAGGAGCAAGGUGUCACCGAGGAUGCCUGCAAGCUGCGUCUAUUCCCAUUCUCACUUGCUGAUCGUGCUCAUGCUUGGUUGGAAUCCCUUCCUGCGGGAUCCAUCACUACCUGGGCUGGUAUGAAAGAAAAAUUCUUAGGCAAGUACUUUCCCCCUUCAAAAAUUGCUCGUCUGAGGAGCAUGAUUCAAGAGUUUCGCCAAAAGGAGGGAGAGUCUUUCUAUGAGACAUGGGAGCGAUUCAAGGAGUUGUUACUCAAGUGUCCUCAUCACGGAUUCGAGGAUUGGGCGUUAGUUGAGAAGUUCUAUUAUGGAGUGACGCCCGCUACGAGGAAUAUGCUGAACACCACUGCUGGUGGCGAUCUAAUGACUGCCAAGACACCUGAGGAGUGCAUGGAUAUGUUUGAGGAUAUAGCGAUGAGUAGCUACGAGUUCCCUGAGUCUAGAGAUUCAUCCGCUACACAUAGAGGAGUGCACAAGGUCAAUGAGGUCACCAGAAUGCAAGCACAGAUUGACGCUUUGCAAAAGCAGGUGGGUGAUAUAAAGGUACAGAAGGAGCAGCUAUGCGAGAUAUGCACUGGGAGGCAUGACACGACCGCGUGUCCUAUUGCUCCUACUGAGACACCAGAGCAGGUAGAGUUUGUGGGUAGUCGAAAUCAAGGAAAUUUCGGGGAGCGUUACAAUUCGAAUUGGAGGAACCACCCGAAUUUCAGUUGGAAGAACAACAACCCACCGGGGUUUCAGUAG